UCUGGGGAGCAAACACAGAUGCACGCGCUGGACCUUUAAGAGCUUCAAAGCCUCCCGCCCAGUUCAGCCUGGCCUCCUGGACGAGCCUCGUGUAACCCCGAGUCGACCUACUCUUAUUAUCACCGACACGACGACUUGCUUAACUUCGUUCUUGCUCGCUGGCGGCAACCGGAUCCAAUUGCUCUUCUCGAACAUCUCGUAGAGACGAAUUAGCCACACCACCUCCCAGUACUGCCCACCAUGAAGUUUGUCAAGUCCCUCAAACCACUGGCGGUGGGGACAGCCGCCAUCUCGGCCACUGCUCCCAAGGACCUGAACAUCAACGACCCAUCGUCGAUCAAGGGCGUGGCCAAGACCAUCGCCGCCGGCGCCAUGUCGUACUACCCCGGCGAUGCCCAGAAGUUCGUCGACCUCCCUCAGCCGUACUACUGGUGGGAGGCUGGUGCCCUGAUGGGCUCGAUGUUGGACUACUCCCACUACACCGGCGACACGACCUACGACCAGGUGGUCGCCACGGCCCUGCUGGCCCAGGUCGGCCCCAACUUCGACUUCAUGCUACCGAGCCACUUCGGCCAGGAGGGCAACGACGACCAAUCGUUUUGGGGCUUCGCCGUCAUGGCGGCCGCCGAGAGGAACUUCCCGCAGCCGGACGAGAACGUGCCGUCCUGGCUGCAGCUGGGCGCCAACAUCUUCAACUCGCUGGCUUCGAGAUGGAACACGACGGCGUGCGGCGGUGGCCUGCUGUGGCAGAUCUUCGCCUCGAACCCGAACGGGCUGGACUACAAGAACACGGUGAGCAACGGCGGCCUCUUCCAGAUCGCGGCGCGGCUCGCCCGCGCCACCGGCAACAACACGUACCUCGAGUGGGCCGAGAAGGUCUGGGACUGGACCGAGGCCGUGGGGCUCAUCGACAGCGACUUCAACGUGCACGACGGGGCCAGCUCCAGCCACAAUUGCACCGAUACGAACCCGGUCACCUUCUCGUACAGCGCGGCCAUCUACCUGUACGGCUCGGCCGUGCUGGCCAACCACACGGGCGACCAGAAGUGGGUGCAGCGGACCGAGAAGCUGCUCGGCGCCGCCCGCUCCUUCUUCGGGCCCUUCGACAACGCGACCGACAUCAUGUACGAGCACGCGUGCGAGCGGGUCGGCAGCUGCAACGUCGACAUGCGCAGCUUCAAGGCCUACUUCUCGCGCUUCGUCUACGCCGCCAGCCUCUUCGUGCCCUCGAUCCAGCCGGUCAUCGACGAGCUGUGGCACCCGUCGGCGCUGGCCGCCGCCAAGGCCUGCUCCGGCGGCGCCAGCGGCACCGACUGCGGCCAGAAGUGGUACGUCGGCGGCUACGACGGCAUCACCGGCCUCGGCGAGGAGAUGUGCGCCCUCGAGACCAUCCAGGGCCUGCUCGUCGGCCAGGCCGCGCCGCCGCUUAAGGGCAGCGACAUCAAGGUCGUUCGCGAGUUCGCUGGCUCCUCCUCCGCUUCUAAGCGCGGGGGACGGUACGACAUGCGCCGGGCUUAGGUGGGCGAGAGAGUGUGCUGGUAAGAGGAGGGGGGAACUUCACAGUCUCGGGGAUUACCUUCUUGUCUUGUAUAUAGUUUUGGGCAUUUUUGAUCUGCAGACGUGGAUCACUGCAUUUUGGCAUAGCA